UAGCGAAAUUAAUUGUGGUCUGAGGCCACCCUGCUUUGUGCGUGACAUAUUCUGUGUAGACUAUUUAUGAGGACAAAGUUAUCUCGAUAAAAUGUCUGUCAUUGUCGGUAGAUGUCGCUAUCAAACGAUUCGGACGUUAUCGGAUGUAUCCGCCAUACCACGUAUUUCCCCACGAUUGUAUCCGAUGAUUUCCGAAAUAUUUUUUCCUUGACGUAGUUCCUGUAUUUCGGAAUCGGCUGCUUUUGGAAGAAGGUAGCUGAAAACAAUGGGAAAUGCUGAUACCAAACUCAACUUUAGAAAGGCUGUCAUUCAGUUAACAACAAAGACACAGCCAAUCGAGGCGAAUGAUGAGGCAUUCUGGGAGCAGUUUUGGUCAGAAAGUGUGACUUGUGUGCAGGAUGUGUUUACUCUGAUUCCUGCCGCAGAGAUACGAGCGUUGCGGGAAGAGUCCCCGUCAAACUUGGCAACUCUGUGUUACAAGGCGGUGGAGAAACUGGUGGCAGCGGCAGACAGUGGCUGCCCAUCUCACCAAGAACAGCAAACAGUGUUGAACUGUGUGCGUCUCCUCACGCGCAUUUUGCCCUACAUUUUUGAAGACCCUGACUGGCGCGGAUUCUUCUGGUCAACACUGCCAGGCCAUGGGGAAGAUGCAGAGACGGAGAGUCCACCUCUGGCCCAGAGUCUGCUCAAUGCCUUGUCAGAUUUGCUGUUUUGCCCCGACUUCACGGUGUCGACCAACAGAAAACAGGGACCUGAUAACCCCGAAGAUAUGUUGUCUAUCGACAGCUGUGAGUACAUAUGGGAGGCUGGCGUUGGGUUUGCGCAUUCGCCACCUCACAGCAGCUACCAGGAACAAAACCGCACAGACAUCCUCAAGCUCCUACUGACCUGCUUCUCGGAGUCCAUGUACCUUCCUCCUGUCGCUGAUGCUCACAACACUCCAAACCCGUGGAUUCAUUAUUUCACCUCAACUGAAAAUAGACACGCACUUCCGUUGUUUACCUCACUGCUCAACCUAGUGUGUUCGUAUAACCCGGUUGGGUUUGGCGUUCCGUACAACCACCUGAUGUUUGCCGACCACCGCGAGCCGAUGGUGGAGAUCGCGCUGCAGGUGUUGUGUGUGACGCUGGAGAACGAGGCUCUUGUCAAUCAGAACAUCUCGGUGGACGGAACAUCCAACUCGGGAACAGCCAUGGAACAAGCAACCGAUAGUGGAGGCCCGGACAAUCUGUUUGUGAACUAUCUGUCGAGAGUCCAUAGAGAGGAGGAUUUUGGUUUCAUCUUGAAAGGCAUCACACGCCUACUGAAUAACCCGCUGACUCAGACAUAUCUACCGGGUUCGUGUAAGAAAAUUCAGUUCCACCAGGAACUACUCGUCCUGUUCUGGAAGAUGUGUGACAUUAACAAGAAGUUCAUGUUCUAUGUUUUGAAGAGCAGUGAUGUGUUGGAUGUUUUGGUUCCCAUCCUCUAUUUCCUGAACGAUGCGCGUGCAGAUCAGUCGCGAGUUGGCCUGAUGCACAUCGGUGUAUUCAUUCUCCUCUUACUGAGUGGGGAGAGGAACUUUGGCGUCCGUCUCAACAAGCCGUACACUGUCCGAGUACCCAUGGAUAUUCCAGUGUUCACUGGCACACAUGCAGAUUUCCUUAUCAUAGUGUUUCACAAGAUCAUUACAACUGGCCACCAGCGUCUCCAGCCUCUGUUUGACUGUCUUCUCACUAUCAUUGUUAACGUGUCUCCCUACUUAAAGACUUUGUCUAUGGUUGCCAGUACGAAGAUGUUGCACCUGUUGGAGGCGUUUAGCACGCCCUGGUUCCUGUACGCCAGUCCAACCAAUCACCACCUGGUGUUCUUCCUGCUGGAAGUCUUCAACAACAUCAUCCAGUAUCAGUUUGAUGGUAAUUCCAAUCUGGUAUACACGAUCAUCCGGAAGAGAAACGUAUUUCAUCAGUUAGCCAACCUUCCUACAGAUCACAGUGCUAUUGCCAAGGCUCUGACGAAGCGCGGCAAGAAGUUUGCCGCACCCCCUCUUGAUACCCGCGAACCACAGACCAUGGAGGGAGCACUCCCGGCUGCAGAGGCAGAACCAGGGACGCUGAAAACAACACUAGCAGCCACUCCACGUCUGGAUAAGAUGACGGAGAAGGGGCCUCCAGAUGACAGCCACAAACAAACAUUGAAGGAGAUCGCCGAAUGCACGGGAACGGAAAGUGUCCAGCCGCCGAGUGAGAUCCAAGAUCCACUGGAAGACGAGGGCAAGAAGUCUCCUACCGAGAGUGAGAACGUGCUGGCUCAGAAGUUGACCCCACCUUCAAGUCCUGCAUCUACCCCAGAACACCAUCCUCCAGAACAUCAGCCUCCUCGCGGACCCAUUGUCAGGUCAUCAUCAUCAACCAUCGCACCCGGGUCAUGGGUGGCAACGCCAGAAUGGGUUCAGACAUGGAAGCAGAAACUGCCGCUACAGACAAUCAUGAGGAUGCUGCAAGUCCUCGUCCCUCAGGUGGAGAAGAUUUGUAUAGACAAGGGACUGACAGAUGAGAGUGAAAUUCUGAAAUUUCUCCAGCACGGUACGCUGGUUGGUCUAUUGCCAGUUCCACACCCGAUCUUGAUCCGCAAGUACCAGGCUAACACUGGGACCACCAUGUGGUUCAGAACCUACUUGUGGGGAGUCAUCUAUCUCAGGAAUGUUGACCCGCCAGUGUGGUACGAUACUAACGUCAAACUGUUUGAGAUACAGAGAGUGUAAAGUGAGAUGGCCAUCAGUCAACAACACUGAUAGAUGUCUACAGUUGGACAAAACUCAUUUUAAUGGGGGAUAUAGAAUAUUUUGGACUUAACUUCCAGGUGGAAAUGUAGUAGAGAUUUACGGAUUUUCACAUUUUAACAAAAAUAUUUUUAUGACAAUAAGAUUUAUUUUUGGGUAUCGUGGUCGGGGAACCUUGAAUAAUAAAAUCAUAGUACUUGUGUACUGUAUUUUUUCAAAUACAGUAUAUAAAAAUUAUAUAAACCAUUUUGGUAAUCAAAUAUAGUCUUAACAGUUAUUACUGUUAAUAAUUUCAUAAAUAUUUCAAGCACAUCAUAAUAGAUUAUUUCACACAUGCAUACAUUUACACAAAAUAUAUAUAGUCAUACACAGAUGUAUUAUAUAUACAUAGAUUAUGGAGUACUCAUUUAAACCACCUAAAUUCUUUGAUCUCAUAUUCAAAUUUUUAAAGUAUAUAAUAUUUUGUUUACACUGAAAUAUUUAUCAGUACUUAAGCUUAUCGCACACGAGAGCCAUCAGCGAGCAAAACAUUACUUGAGAUUUAUCCUCAGCUGACAGCACUUGUAUUUGGUUUUGAGGGAAAUGUUGUGUUUUAAUAUCUCUGGCAAUGCUUGACAAUAAUAUCACCAUAUGCACAUGAGCUGAAUUUAUAAAUUGUGUAAUAGAAAAAAUAGAAACACGAAAAUUGCAUGGGUAAUAGAACCAUGAAAAAUAGCAUGAUUGUGACAGUGGUAAGCAAACUAGCUCAGCACAGUGAGCUAACGACCAAGCAAAACGUCUCCAGUAAGGUUCUGCUCAGCUGAUAGCUCUUGUGUGCAGUAGGUUUUAAUUGCUGCAUAAUGUUAAAGCAAAACAAAAAUAGUUUUACUGAAAAAACUAAAGGGACAAAAUAUCUUGGGGUGUUGACAAUCAUCUACAAAUGGACUGUGUUCAUAAGCUGUGAUGUGGUACAUCUCUGUUUCUUUGUGUGUAUGGCAUCACAAAAUGUCAGUUGCAUUGUGUGUUUUGUCUUGGGCAGGGAAUAUUUUGUUUUCAAAAUCAUGUUGAGUGAUAUUUCUAGUCAAUUGAAAUUGAUUAGCAACUACUGUUUAAUGUUUUACAGUUGUAUAGCAAUCACUGAAACUUGCGUAGUGAAUUGCACCGUGAUACUGAACAAAAUGUUCCCUGUUGGGCAAUAGAACAUGUUCUAAUCAUUAACGUUGAUCGACUUGAUCAUGGUCGUAUCCAACCUAAAAUAAUGGGACAGGGGCAGACAAGGGGUCAGUAGAAACAAAAUUAAUUAGGGCACAGUAAUAUAGGGUUUCCUCUAACUUAACAAAAAAAGGCACUUUUAAACAAAUAUAUGACAUUGUAUGUUUUGGGUAGAGAAAAAGUACUUCAGUUUACGUUUAUUAACUUUUGUGUAAACUGUAGAACAGCAAAUUUACACUUUUAAAAUCAAAUCCUGUUUUUAUUUUAUUUUUUAAACAAUUGUAAGAAAUAAUCAUGUGCAUAAAGCUCCUUGGAAUCUGUGCUAAAGAAAUAAGAAAUGCUAUUCCCCCAGAUAACAUUACUGAUGACAAUACUUGUCUACUUACAUGUUACGACUCCUGGACACGAGUAUUUGACAGUGACAGUAUCUUAAAGAGGAUUUGUGCAAUCUCCUUUUUGUAGCUAGAGUUAUUCUACUGCUUCAUGGAUUAGUCUUAAACAAAUAUAAUUUAGAUGAAAUGGUAGAAAUGCCAAGCAACUUAUUAAAAGCCUUAUAUCAGUAUGUUGUAGAAGUAUUUAACCACUUCGUAUCCAAUAUUGGUCUCUUAUGGGUAGGUCUGAUUAUGUGCAAAUAGUGUUUGCUGUAUCAGCACUCACAGGUGGCAUGCUGCUACAAGGCAGUUGAUAAUAUCUGUUAAUAGUGAAGAAAUUAAAGUUUGUUAAAGUUGUAGUUGUAAUUGUUUUUUUUGCUUCAGUGAAAGUUGUUAUAUGAUCUGGUGGCAAGACAUUGGGUUGUUAAAGCUGUUGUUACAUACAAUCAUAUAUUUGCAUUAGGAGAUGUUAAAUCAUGUUGUAUGUAAUACAAUUAUUACUGUUGGAGAAUGUAUAUUUGGGUUGUGAAAUGAGGGUGUAGUAUUAUGUAGUUUAAUAUGUUUAUUGUACAUCUGUUGUGAAUUUAAUAUUGUACUUUUGUUCAUUGUACAAAGUGAUAAGUAAAAUUAUUGUGAAGUACAUUUCAUUGUAAACAUUACAUAAUGCCAUUUACAAGCUACUUGUAUUAAUAUCCUGGCCCUCGUUCCACAAAGCGAUCUUAGCACUAAGAUCACCUUAAGUGUAUAGUCGUUAUACAUUUAUGGUGAUCUUAGGGCUAAGAUCGCUUCGUGGAACAGGGCCAUGAACAUUACAUUGGACCAUUAACAAGAUAUUGCUAUUCAUACAGAGACUGUGUAUGUUAAAAAUCCAUGGGUAUCAAAAUGCAUUAUGAUAAAUAACGUCUUACUGUUGACUAUUGGGAACAAAUUGAGCAGAAUCAAUGGUGAAACCAACGGGUAUAUAGAAGUAUUUAUGAUAAUCUCAAAAAAUAUGGUUGAAAAAAAAAAAAACCACUUGAAUAUGGCAAACAAACAAAAUGUUUUUAAAUAUAAAAGGGAUACAGUUUAAUGUCAUUAUUGGGAACAAACAAAAAAACAAAACAAAAAAAACCCCUGACAAAUGAUCUGCUUUACUCAUAGCACAUUUCAGAAUUAAAAGUUUCAUUUUGGAGUUUUUUAAAAAAGAAAAGAAAAAAAAGGUAUAAAUUUUAUUCUUUGACUAACAUUUUUAAAUAAGAGCAUUCAGCAUGAGCAUUUGUGUGUGUGUAUCAAGUCAUCCUCAGUGAAUAUAUUUUAUGUAAAUAAAAGUAUACACUGACCUGAUUAUUUCUUCCAGCUGUUUCCAUGUGUAAUAUGUUGUAAAAGACUAAUUAGUGUCAUUUCAUUUAUAUAACCUUAAUUAAUAUGUGAGGGUGCAAGGGUAAGCUUUGCAAUCGCUUGUCUGUCAACUCUUCAUGAGUAACGACACAAAAGAUGUAUUUGCAAGGGCCAAGUCAAGUCAAUUGUUAACUUGAGAUCUAGUUAUUAGAGUAGCUUAGUUCUCCACAUACUGUAUACGUAUUCUGUAUUGUGAUUGGUUAAUUGGUGGUAGUGUUUUCCCCAGUCUUUUCACAGUGAUUUGUCAUUGGUUGGUUAUUUAUAAAGUGAUAUUUACUCUACCCAUGUGUUAAAAAACAGUUCGUGAACGGCUAAGAACCCGUUCUAGUUCCUGCCCCGGAACCACCCACUGGCUAUGUCAGAGGCUGGAUCCGUGGUAGGCGUGCCUGAACCUUUAUUGGAUAUGGGCACGUAAAUAGAGUUUCUUCCUUCCCGUUCUAGUCACACCACCGUGCGAGGUAGUGUGGGAUUCGAGAACCCGUUCUAGCCACACCACCGUGCGAGGUAGUAUGGGAUUUGAGAACAGGAACAUGUUUAGGAACACAUUUUCUGCACAAAACAGUUUUGAAUACAUGUAGCUAUGGAUGUUUGAAUCUCUGGUGGAUGUAAGCAUUUGCAAAACGGUUGAUAGAUAAUACAGGUGCACAUUUCAGGUUCACAAUGGGGUUAUCGAUUGUUAUGACUUGUACUGUCUGCAAGGAUCGCAUCAUCAUGUAAGCAUAGAUGCCGUACGGCUUUCAUACAAAAUUCUGACAUUGUACAUCUAUGUCAAAAUUAAUAUCACUGGUUUCUCUCUGAUGAUUUUGCUUAUGGAUAUAAAUUUUUACUAUGUAUUCAAAACUGUUACAGUGCGUCGUUAAAUAAAACAUUUCCUUCCUUCCUUUCAAAACUGUUGCUGAAUGGCUUGAAUAUAUCACUAGGUGAGGUAGUGGCGAUUUGAGACAGGAACUUAUUUAGGAACACGUUCCCAGCACCAGAGCAGAAUUUAGACUAUAUGCUUUCAUGUUCAGUGUGUAUACUAUUUUUAAUAAUGGAUGUAGUGUUCCUACUAGCUGUUGAGGUGUAAUAUUACCAGCAAGUGAAAUGUUUAUUUAAUAGAUGAUUAGAUCAUGAUAAACAAAAAAGGGAGGGAUUAUGGUUGCCAAUACUGCAUUUUAGAAUAAAAUCAUUUCUGAUUGUUUGCACAAUUGUUUUAACAUAAAUACUUGUACCUGCUGAUCUUUACCAUACAAAUAACAUUAUUUCUUAUCUUUCCGACGCCAUAUAACCGUAAAUAAAAUGUGUUGAGUGAGUCGUUAAAUAAAACAUUUCCUUUACCAUACUGAGAUUUAAUUUAUUUUAGCACAUUGGCCAAAUACUUAAACUGGCCAUUAUUUGUUCAAUUUAAAUUAUGCAUGUCAUAAAUGAUUUGUUCAAUGAUAGUUUUAUUUCUCGUCAUGGUCAGAUUUUAUCAAUCUUGCAGUGUUAGUAUGUUACUUCCAGAAACCUACAACACAUCAGCUAACCAUUGUAGGUUUUUUUUAUUUAUUGGUCAGCAUAAUGAUGCAUUCUUAAUCAUGUAAGUCAUUAUUUUGUCUCAAAAAGAAAUAAAAAGACCCGUUAUUUUCAGUUGUUAUGGGCAACACCACUUCUUAGGUCGAUUACUUCCUACCAUAAUUUUUCAUUACUCAGAUAGCCAUGAAACAGAAAUCUUAUAAUGCAUUUUCUUCUCUCCCAUGACCAAGCUCAGUUUCAGUCUUUUCCUUACAUUCCUUUGUAACAAUUUUGUCUAAAUUGUAUAAAUAUUGGUGAUAUUCUUGUAUUUAAUCAUAUGUGUGUGUGUAUAUAUAUAUAUAUAUAUAUAUUGGUGUCUUUUUGUUUUGUACAGCUGAUGUAAAUAAUAAUAAAAAAUCCAACUACA